CCCUUCCCAGCAGCAGCCACUCUCUGCUCCCUUUCCCUCCAGAGCAGCAGCAGGACCCUCCAGAGCAGCCUGCAGGUAGCCUUGGAGACCGAGCAACCACCCGAAUCCUGAUCCUGGGGAGAGAAAAUCCAUGGGGAGUGGAAUGAGCAAGAUUGUCACCGGCCUCUACCUCGGCAAUAUUCGUGACUCUGAGGACCACGAGAACCUGCUGAGGAAGGGGGUGACCCACAUCCUGUCCAUCCACAACCGUGCCAAGCCCGUGCUGGAGGACAUGACCUAUCUGUGCAUCUCAGCCUCGGAUUCAUCCAGUGAAAACCUGCUGCAGCAUUUCAAGGAGUGCAUCCAGUUCAUCCACGAGUGCCGGCUGGGCGGGGGAGGCUGCCUGGUGCACUGCCUGGCCGGGGUGUCCCGCAGCAGCACCAUCCUGGUGGCAUACCUGAUGACAGUGACAGAGCUGGGCUGGCAGAGCUGCCUGGCUGCCACCAGGGCUGCCCGCUCCUACGCCAGCCCCAACUCGGGAUUCCAGCAGCAGCUGCAGCAGUACGAGAGGACCCUGCUCCAGGAGUACCGUGCAUGGAUCCUCCGGGAUUAUGGCAGGAACCCCUUCCAGGACCAGGAGGAGCUGCAGAGCCUGCUGGGCCAGCAGCAGCUGGGGAGCAGGGAUUGCUCCUGGCUCAGCUCCCCAGCUCCCACCUCCCCUCCUCCCUGCCAGGCAGGUGGCACCGCUGGUGGCAGCAGAUGGAUGAGCAGAUAAGCAGCCAGGCUGCUCCCAGGCAGGCCCUGGGGCUUGGAAAACUCCGUUUGCCCUUUGCCAAGCACCUCCAGGGAUUCAUGCCUAGGGCAGCAAUCUGCCAGCACCAGGGUUGGAGAGGGGGGACAGGACUCACAGACCCCCUGUCAGCUGCCAGCUCCAUGAAUGGGUGACAGCAUCCUGCUCUGUCCCAUUCCCCAUUCCCAAUUACAGCCACUUUUCCACCCUCAGAGCUGCAGCCAGCCCUGUCCCCUCUCCUCAUGACAAUACCUGGGCUGGCAGGGAUCACAAAAUGUGAUGCAGGCCUUGGAAAUGCAAGGUGGGAUGAGAUGGAGAGAGGCCACCUUGUCCUCUGCUUCCCUGAGGAAGGAGGGAUGAAUUUGGGAUGUGGAGGUGCUGCUGAGCCCUGGCUGGCACCCAGGGGGAUGGGGAGAGGGGCUGGAGGUGGUUUGGGGCUGCCCCUUGCUGUGCAUGGAGCUUCCCAGGGCAGCCUGUCCUUGGCAGGUGAAUAUCUGGCAUUUUCCUUAUCCCAGCCCCAGGGAGGGGGGAAAUCCAGCACUGGAGCCAGAGUGGGUCUGGGUUUUCCCUGAGCCCCAUCUGAAUGUCCUUGCUUGCCAAAGAAGCCAAAAGCUUGGUUGGAUUUACUCAACCAUGGACCAGUUUAACUCUGUCUCUCUCCAAAAGCUUUUUAAUACCUAAAACCCAUCCAGUUUUUCAUCCCAAACUUGGAUUGUGUUUUUCCAGAGCUUUCUUUGGCAGGAAUCCCCCUCAUCUGGUCCCAUCCCAUGGAUUCAGCCCUUCUACGUGGAAACCUUCAACCUUUCUGUGGCAUCUCAGCCUUUGACUAUAAAUACUGUUUGUCCACUCAAAAAUGUCUGUUCUGCAAUUCCUUCUAAGAAAAAAGGGAUUAAAAACAUUUCUAGGAAUUCUCUUGAUGACGAUUUCUGGGUACU